AUAUUUAUUGGCCGAGUCCCUCUGACUCUGACUCGCAUUUUAUUCCUCCUCCUCUCCUUUCCUCCUCAAUUACUCGUUUUUUGGUCUCUGCGAUUGUGUUUGAGUUUGAUUUAGAAGAAGAAGAGGAAAAACAGAAAUAUAAAUGGAUCAUCAGGAGCGAAAGCCGAAGACAAAGAUCGUUUGUACGCUUGGACCUGCAUCAAGGUCUGUGCCAAUGGUAGAAAAGCUACUGAGGGCUGGUAUGAAUGUUGCCCGCUUUAACUUCUCCCAUGGAUCCCACGAAUACCACCAGGAAACACUCGACAAUCUCAGGCAGGCCAUGAACAACACUGGUAUUCUCUGUGCCGUCAUGCUUGACACCAAGGGUCCAGAGAUUCGAACUGGAUUUUUGAAGGAUGGCAAACCAAUCCAACUGAAGCAGGGUCAAGAAAUCACCAUAUCCACAGACUAUAGCAUAAAGGGUGAUGAGAAUAUGAUUUGCAUGAGCUAUAAAAAGUUGGCUGAGGAUUUGAAACCAGGGAGUGUGAUACUCUGUGCAGAUGGUACAAUCACAUUUACGGUUUUAUCAUGUGACAGGGAAAAUGGGUUGGUUAGAUGCCGCUGUGAGAACUCUGCGAUGCUUGGUGAGAGAAAGAAUGUUAACCUCCCUGGAGUCAUAGUGGAUCUCCCAACAUUAACAGAGAAAGACAAGGAAGAUAUCUUACAGUGGGGGGUUCCCAAUAACAUUGACAUGAUUGCUCUGUCCUUUGUUCGGAAAGGUUCUGAUCUUGUGGAGGUUCGCAAGCUGCUUGGAAAACAUGCUAAGAAUAUUCUUCUAAUGUCCAAGGUUGAAAAUCAAGAAGGUGUAGCAAAUUUUGACGACAUCCUUGCAAAUUCGGAUGCAUUCAUGGUUGCACGCGGUGAUCUUGGAAUGGAAAUUCCUAUUGAGAAGAUAUUUCUUGCACAGAAAGUAAUGAUCUACAAGUGCAACAUUCAAGGAAAACCUGUUGUUACAGCAACACAGAUGUUGGAGUCGAUGAUCAAGUCCCCCCGGCCAACCAGGGCUGAAGCAACUGAUGUUGCAAAUGCAGUUCUUGAUGGAACUGACUGUGUGAUGCUAAGUGGUGAAACAGCUGCUGGAGCUUAUCCUGCACUGGCAGUGCGGACUAUGGCCAAAAUAUGCGUGGAGGCAGAAAGCACCCUUAAUUAUGGAGAUGUCUUCAAAAGGAUUAUGGAUCAUUCGCCUGUGCCAAUGAGUCCAUUGGAAAGCUUGGCUUCUUCUGCUGUUAAAACUGCAAACUCGUCUAAAGCAACUCUAAUAUUAGUCCUAACCAGGGGAGGAAGCACAGCUAAACUGGUGGCUAAGUACAGGCCUGGCAUGCCUAUAUUAUCUGUGGUGGUCCCUGAAAUUAAGACUGAUAAUUUUGACUGGUCAUGCAGUAAUGAAUCUCCAGCAAGGCAUAGCCUAAUUUUCCGUGGCUUAGUUCCAGUUUUAAGUGCAGGGUCUGCUAGGGCAUCUAGUGCAGAGACUACAGAAGAGGCAUUAGAAUUUGCGCUUCAACAUGCUAAGGCAAAGGGACUCUGCAAGAAUGGAGAUUCCGUUGUGGCUUUGCACCGUGAUGGAACUGCAUCAGUUAUCAAGAUAUUGACCGUCAAGUAAUGGACACUUUUUCUUUUCUGUUAUUUGUUGUUGUUUGGGGGGGGGGUUGUCUUCGGAUGACCAAUGCUAAAUGUUUAGGGCGAGUCUGCUUCCUUUUUUUUUGAUGGAGUCAUCUACAGUUAUUUUAAAGAGACUGAAGUUGGGGUUUUAAUUUGAAUCCUUCAAUUUGCACAAUGCACUUUGGACUAUCAUUGUUAUUUGCUACAUAAGUAAUACAAUUUUGCUACGUGACCACGCA